CUCAGUCUCUCCUCCUAUGGCUCACCCAGCAAACCAGCCACCAUCCUAGUGGCCCAUCACGGCACUGAUUCCAACCUCGCUAUAUCCCUCUUGUAAUGAGGGGCCCAGAACCGAACACAAGACCCCAGCUGCGAGCGCACGAGAGUCGUGUAGAGUGGCAGUAAUACCUCUCUCGAUCUAGAAGACACACUUCUGGCUAUGCAUCCAAGGGUGCCAUUCGCCCACUUGGCUGUCGCGUCCCACUGCUGGCUCAUGUUUAGCCUGUAGUCAACCAGCACCCCAAGAUCUUUUUCACAAGUGCUGCUGCAUAAUGUUGUAGGAACCUUCUAUCUCUGAUAGGUUUUGAUCUCAAUUUUACUUUCAGUGCAACACCUUUGAAAAUUAGUUUUCAUUUCUCACUGGAAACAAUUCACUGCCUGGCUUCUCUAAUAAUAAUACACAGUAGAGAGUUCAUCAAAAGUUUGAUGUAUGCAGUGUCUUCUCUUAAAGGCAAUCUUUGAGAAAGCAAGAUUUCGGCAAGGCGAACAAAGCAAAAGGGAGAAUAUUGGCAAUAUUGACAUGACAAACGUCAACUUUGCCUUGAGCUCAAAUGAAUUCAGCUGUUUCAGCCUUCCACUCAUACCAAGAUUUUCAUUUUUUCUUUCUUCCCAAGCAGAUGAAUUGAAAGAAACUAGAAUUAUAUGGAUCCCUGAAUCAUAUCAUCUGAAACGAGUGAGGAUGAAAUGAAAAAAGACAUUUCCAAAAUUAACAGGAUCCAAAAAGCUCAAGGAAAACCACGUAAAGAACAGGAGGAAAUAUUCCAGUCUUUCUCCAAGUGUUGGAAACUGUACGCCUUCAUUUCAGAAGUUGAGGAAGUAGGAAGGGUCUGGCAUGUGACAAAUUUCCAAAAGGUUGUUGAAAAAAUUAAUCCAAGUUGUAGAAACUACACAGGCUGAAGGAAUAUGCAGAAUGUAAAAACAGCAUCCCCGCAGGCCCAGAUGGAUCCUCACCUUCAGAGAACUCUCUGUGUGCAGAACUCAGAGGAACAUGCGUCCUGUGAAAGAGCCUCAGGGAGGGGAGAUGUCUUAGUGAGCAGCAGUGAUCCAGCAACUGAGGAAGCCAUAUAAAUGCAUAGAAUAUGUUACGAGAUUCAGUGAUCCAGGAAAUUGUUCUAGACAUCAAACAAGCAUAAAAGGAAGAUACCAAAUAAAGGCAUGGAACGCGGAAAGAGCUUCUGUGAAAGUGGACGUUUUACUAAACUUCAGACAACUGACAUUAGAGAUAAGUCAUACUCAUGCAUGGAAUGUGGAAAGAGCUAUAGUCAGAGUGACCAUCUUACUAAACAUCGAAGAGCACACACUGGGGAGAAGCCGUACACAUGCAUGGAAUGUGGAAAGAGCUUCAGGCAGAUUGGGAGUCUUAGUCAGCAUCAAAGAAUACACACUGGAGAGAAGCCGUACACAUGCAUGGAAUGUGGAAAGAGCUUCAGGCAGAUUGGGAAUCUUAGUCAGCAUCAAAGAAUACACACUGGAGAGAAGCCGUACACAUGCAUGGAAUGUGGAAAGAGCUUCAGUCAGAAAGGAAAACUUACUGAACAUCAAAGAACCCACACUGGGGAAAAGCCGUACACAUGCAUGGAAUGUGGAAAGAGCUUCAGUCAGAAAGGAAAACUUACUGAACAUCAAAGAACCCACACUGGGGAGAAGCCAUACACAUGCAUGGAAUGUGGAAAGAGCGUCAGUCAGAAAAGAACACUUACUGAUCAUCAAAGAACCCACACUGGGGAAAAGCCGUACACAUGCAUGGAAUGUGGAAAGAGCUUCAGUCAGAAAGGAAAACUUACUGAACAUCAAAGAAUACACACUGGAGAGAAGCCAUACACAUGCAUGGAGUGUGGAAAAAGCUUCUAUACUAGUGAAAUCCUUAUUAAGCAUCACAGAACACACACUGGAGAGAAGCCAUACACAUGCAUGGAAUGUGGAAAGAGCUUCAGUCAGAUUGCGAAUCUCAGUCAGCAUCAAAGGACCCACACUGGGGAGAAGCCAUACACAUGCAUGGAAUGCGGAAAGAGCUUCAGUCGGAGUGGAAAUCUUACUGUACAUCAAAGAACCCACACUGAGGAGAAGCCAUACACAUGCAUGGAAUGUGGAAAGAGCUUCAGUCAGAUUGCCAAUCUCAGUCAGCAUCAAAGGACCCACACUGUGGAGAAGCCAUACACAUGCAUGGAAUGCGGAAAGAGCUUCAGUCGGAGUGGAAAUCUUACUGUACAUCAAAGAACCCACACUGGGGAGAAGCCAUACACAUGCAUGGAAUGUGGAAACAGGUUCAGCCAUAGUUAUCAAUUCAGGUGCCAUCUGAGAAUUCAUCUUCUUGAGAACUUGCAAGGAACACAAACUAGGUGAGAGGCCUUGCAAAUUCAUGCAAUGAGCAAAAAGGGAACUUGGGGGUAGAAUGUGUGAUGAAAAUGUCAGCUCAUUUAACAAUAUUUAGCAUUUGGCUUUAGAUUCUGAUUUAUUGAACCCGCUGCUGGUUUAUUAUUUCAUUGUCUUACUGAUUAUACUGUGCUUAUCCU